AUGUCACACAGCAGCCCGAGCAAUAAUGGCCUCGAAGCCUCCAUCACCACCUCCCUCACCCAAAGAACCCACCAAUCCACCAUCCGAAAACUCACAACCUUUCCCCCCUCAUCCGCGGAUUUCUCCUCCAACGAUUUCCUCUCCUUGGCAACCUCGCCUGCCCUCCGCCAGGCUUUCCUUGAAGAACUCCAGCACGAUCCUUCCAUUUCCUCAAACCUGGGGAGUGGCGGUUCGCGCCUGCUAGACGGCAAUUCUCCUUACGCCGAGAAACUCGAAGGAGACAUUUCGCAUUUCCAUGCAUCGGAGACGGGAUUACUGUGCAAUUCCGGUUUCGACGCGAAUGUGGGAUUGUUCUCCUGUCUGCCGCAACCCGGCGAUGUGGUGAUUUACGAUGAGUUUAUUCAUGCGAGUGUCCAUGAUGGGAUGAGAUUGAGUAGGGCGUCAAAGUGUGUGUACUUUGCACAUAAUGAUGUGCACGCAUUGAGGGAGCUACUCGAAGCCUUGGUCAGGGAGGACAGGGCAGUGAGGGACGGAAGCAGGAAUGUGUUCAUUGCCGUGGAAGCGGUUUAUAGCAUGGAUGGAGAUGUUGCGCCACUAAGGGAGAUUGUGGCAUUAAAGAAGCUUCUGCCGAAAGGGAAUGGCCAUCUCAUCGUGGACGAAGCGCAUUCGACUGGCGUGUUCGGGCCCAAGGGCAGAGGCUUGGUGUGCGAGCUGGGACUCGAGAAGGAAUUCACAAUUCGGCUGCACACGUUCGGAAAGGCAUUGGCUUGCAACGGGGCCAUCAUCCUCUGCAGUCCGGUGAUUCGAGACUGCCUCGUCAACUACGCGAGGCCGAUGAUCUACACCACAUUCAUGUCGUAUCCGGCGCUGGCAGCGAUUCGUGCGUCAUAUUCCUGGCUGAUGGAAGGAAAGACGGAGCCGCUGGCUAAGAAUCUGCAGAUGCUGAUCCAGACAAUGCACGAGCGCCUUCUCGAGAUGCAUGCAUCGCUGCAAUCAAGGCCAGAGGCCGAAGUGUUGGUGCGAGGUCCCACGGAAUGUCCACAAACACCAAUUUUCGCAGUUUUAUCCUCAGAGCCCAAGGUGUUGGCUGCACAUUGUCAAAGGAAUGGCUUCGUGGUGCGAGGAAUUGUGCCGCCAACCGUACCUGCUGGGACAGAGCGAAUACGAGUAUGUAUUCAUGCUGGAAACACUGUUGAGCAGAUUGACCGGCUAGUGGACACCAUCAAAGCCUGGGUGCUGCAGCGGAUCACAGAACUGGACUCCGUGGAUGACUUCCGAGCCCGGUUGUGA